UUUCAUUCAAGGGACAAGUUGUCUCCAUCCUCCGCAGGAUGAGUGUUCUUCCCUCCACAGUACCGUAACACUCAAUACCCAUCGGCUUCGGGAGGCGGCAAAGCGGUCUACGAAGAACGGGGCGGAUAAUCACUUUGUCGGCUUUUGCAUCUAACCGAAGAUAGAGCUGUUCUUGAUAUAGAGAGUGAUGUUGGGGGGACGUGCUAUCGCUAUUGGCGGCGCUGCCGCGAUAGAUAUUUUAAUUCCUUUAGUUCUUCUCUCUCCUUUUUCUCUCUCUUGCUUCUCUUCAGUUUUAUACCUACAACCGUUUUGAGUCAAUUGUCCAAAGGUUGGUCGACACCAUGUCGCGACCUUUCCUCUCAAUGUUCCGCCCAAUAGGGCGGCGGAAUUUCUCCGUCUCAACCUCAAGAAGAGCAAUUGAUAAGCUAUGUGAAUCGGCUGAGGAAGCCGUCAAGGAUAUGAAGGGUUCCUCCACGCUGUUGGUCGGAGGAUUUGGUUUCUCGGGUGUGCCAAAUACUUUGAUCAAUGCUGUGCGUGAUCGUCCGGACAUCACCGAUUUGACGGUUGUCUCCAACAAUGCCGGAAUGCCUGGUGCUGGUCUCGGACAAUUACUGGAAUCUAGACAGAUCAGUAAAAUGAUCGCUUCGUUUAUCGGUGAAAACAAAGUCUUUGAGAAAAUGUACCUGAACGGUGAUCUCGCAUUGGAACUCACGCCCCAAGGUAGCAUUGCUGAAAAGUGUGCGGCCGGUGCUGCUGGUGUCCCUGCUUUCUAUACCCCCGCGGCUUAUGGAACUAUUGUGCAAACCGGUGAACUCCCCGUACGUUAUAACAAAAAUGGCACUGUGGCGGAAACGUCCAAGCCUAAGGAAACUCGUAUGUUUAAUGGCAAGAACUAUCUUCUGGAGGAAGCGAUUUUCGGUGACUACGCACUAGUCAAGGUUCACAAGGCCGAUAAGCUUGGUAACUGCCAGUUCCGCAAGGCGAUGAACAACUUCAACGAGGCUAUGGCUAAGAACGCCAAGUAUACCAUCGUUGAAGCGGACCACAUCGUUGAGGUCGGGGAAAUCGCCCCGGAGGAUAUCCACUUGCAAGGCAUCUACGUCAACAAAGUUAUCCAGAGCCAAGGUGAAAAGCAGAUUGAAAAGCUCACAUUCGCUAAAGACCCCAGCGAGAUGCUUAAGGCUGGCUCUGGCGAAGCCACCGCCCGUCGUGAGCGCAUCGUCAAGCGUGCUGCCAAGGAAUUUCGGGACGGAAUGUACGUUAACUUGGGUAUUGGAAUGCCUCUGAUCGCUCCUUCAUAUCUCCCUAAGGGCGUUGAGGUUGUGCUCCAGGCUGAGAACGGUAUUCUGGGCCUGGGUGGUUAUCCUAAGCCUGGCGAGGAAGAUCCUGACCUCAUCAACCCUGGUAAAGAGACUGUCACUCUGGCCGGUGGUGCUUCUGUGUUUGGGUCCCACGAGAGCUUCGGUAUGAUUCGCUCUGGACGUAUUGAUCUUACUAUGCUUGGUGCUCUUCAAGUGAGCCAGUAUGGAGACCUUGCGAACUUUAUGCUUCCCGGUAAGGUGAAGGGUGUCGGUGGGGCCAUGGACUUGGUGGCCAACCCCGAGAAGACUAAGGUCGUUGUGACUAUGGAGCACGUCGACAAGAAGGGCAAUCCCAAGAUCUUGCCUGAGUGCUCUUUCCCCCUCACCGGCCCUCGCUGCGUGUGGAAGAUCAUCACUGACCUGGCCGUGUUUGAAGUUAGCCCGAUCGAGGGCCUGACGCUGGCUGAAUUCGCGGAAGGCGUCUCAGUUGAUGAGAUCCGCAGCAAGACCGCUGCUCCUUUCAAGGUUGCAGAUGACUUGAAGCCUAUGCUGUAAAUUAGAUAUCCAUGCACAUAUAGAGCGGUAAAUUGAAUUAUGUUUUUGUUAUGAAGAUUCCUCUGUUGCAAGCGUGCCAUGCAACGCAC